GUGAAUUCAUUUCCUGUGUCUCAUCUCAUGUUGCCAAGUGUUUAUUUUGAAUUUUAUGUAACUUGUAAAUGUUCAUAUCCGCUAUUGAAAUUAUAAAAUGAGGAGUCAAACAGCAAGUAUUAAAGAAGUUAAAACAUCGCCAUUCAGUGAUCAAAAGCCUGGUAGUUCAGGUUUAAGAAAGAAAGUCACUUUAUUUCAACAACAGAAUUACACGGAGAACUUUGUGCAAUGUAUCUUAAAUUCAAUCCCAGAAAAUGAGAGGGAAAGUUGCACAAUAGUUGUAGGAGGUGAUGGACGAUAUUACAUGAAAGAUACAAUUCAAACUAUUGCCAGAAUGGCUGCAGCUAAUGGAGUGAGUUUAGUUAUUUUUGUUGUUAAUCAAAAUUAAAUAUGAUUUUGUUUUGACCUCAAAACGUUACUGUGUGCACGUCGUAUAUUAUGUUAAUCACAAUGCAUGCGUUAAUGCAGGGUCAUUGUAUUUUUCAGUCAAUACUUCUGGACUAUUGGUGUCAAACAGGAUACUAGCUGUCUCCUAGUAGACAAGUACUAUUACUGUUUUGAUAUAUGCUAAAUAUAAAUUUCUCUUGAAUCACACAUACAAAACUUAAAAGACAUGCAAAGUCACACGAUUACAUGUUGUAUGUCCUCCGACCAAAAAAAAUUUAACUUGAAUAUAUUAAUUAUGUUCCAUACUGUAUAUAGUUCUAUGUUCUAUACUACAGAAGCUAUAGGUAUUCACUAUUGGUAUGGAAUGUUAUAUGUGACAUACCCAACAGUCACUUCGACCUCUAGGUAUUUUCGUAGAUAAACCUCCUGUGUUGUGUUUAUGUCAAAUGCACCCUUACACCUUACAAUCAUAAUGAUUACAAUCAAUCAUGCUAAUAAUGCCUAAUGUAUUCCAAUAUUGGGUGUGUGUUUAAAUUCAUUGUUAUAUCUUCAUCAAUGCAGUAAACGUUGUAAAUUCAAACACAAGAAUCGUGGGUUUUAAUCUUAUACAUAACUUUAUUUUACCAAAUACAUACAGACUGCAUGCUUGGCUACAAGUCUUGAGUCUAACUCAAACCUACUUGUGUUCUAAAACAUUUAACUAAGACUAUAUAAUGUAACAUGCGGCAUUGCCAGUGUUGACAAGUGAAACGUCAACCCCUUAGCUAGUGCUUGUUGCUCAAGUGUAUGACAACUAUAAAUUAUUAAAGAAUUAAGUAAACAUAUAUAAACAAAGUACAAUCAUGUUGUGCGGACCGAACAUCGCCGUCCCCAUGUUCAUCCUCAACAUAUGGGGUGGACGUGCACUAUUUUCCAAAGAUUGAGUUGCUUCUUAAAUAUAGUGAGGAGAUCUUUGCUACAGGCCGCACAAGUGUCCCUCUCUUUGUUUUAACUUUGACGAUGUUAGCUUGUGUAGUCCACUUUCGUCUUUGCAAUAAGUUGGGGACAUAUACUCCUUCAUUGUUUCCAAACGUGGUUGCAUGGUCACAACUUCAGCUUGUCACCAUCGGCGUUGACUAGAUAUUUUCGUGCUGAUGAAAACAAUACAUCGGGAGGUAAAUUGGGCAACCAAGGAGGAAGUGGUUUGGAGUCAAGACAAUUAGUCAAGGCUUCUUCAUCAGAGCUUCUUUAACAAGGCUUCGAGACUUCAGCCAUAACAGUGAGUAGGACCUCGUCCGUCCGGGUCUGUUUCCCAAUGACAGCUUGGAUCGCUCAUUUGCAGGACUGGACUAAGCGUUCCCAAACUACCAAAAUGAGGUGCGGCUGGUCAGUUGAAACGCCAAAUCCCUCGUUGUACCAUCUUGUCGUGAAUUUUCCCUUUAUUCCAGUUCUGGAGACAUUCACACGGCUCUCAGUUGGCGCCGACAAAGUUGGUACCAUUGUCAGAUAGGCUUCAUUGAGGCUGAAUAAUUUCCUCUUCUUGAGAUCAUUCUGUGAAGUGCCAUGAUGUAGGAAUCGGUGUCGAGCGUGUGAGCGAUCUCAAUAUGGACGGCUCGAGUGACCAAACAUGUGAACAGACAUCCAUAUCUUUUCUCAGUCUUGCGAAGACGUUUAACAGUUAAUGGCCGAUCUUUCGUAUUUUGGCGCGACAAUUCAAGGUCCAAAACUCCUGACGAGCCUCAACGAAACUGAGCCUGAAUAAAAGCAAAACUGAAUAACUAUAUGCUUAUUGGAUCACAUCAAAAACUUUAACAGUGUAACUCCGAAUUGCAAACGUAAGUAACCGUUUACUUACUAAAUCACUGGGUAUGAUGAUUCUCAAACAGAUCUAAUUACAAAGAAAGUAAGCUAGACGAUUAAGAGAUCUUGUGGCUGUAAGGACUCUAGUAACAGUUUACAAAACCUUCAUUCAACCACACUUUGAUUACUGCUCGCAAGUAUGGGGUUGUCUUGGAAUUACCCUUCAAAACCAUUUGCAACGUUUACAAAAUAGAGCACCACGUAUUAUUACAAAGCGUGGGACUGGUAUGAAUUUAGGUCAGCUGAUAUACUUUAUACCUUUAUACAGUAAAGAAUUAAAUUUACCUGAUUUAAAUCUCAGAAGAAAUAAUCAAUUAUGUACAUAAGGUAAAUAAUAAUAUGGUGCGGAUUGGUGCCUGAUUACCAAAUUGAUUUAUUCACGAAAAUAAGUACGCUUCAUAAUCAUGAAACUAGGCAGGCUGAAUUUAACUUGUAACUCCCCAGGCCAAAUACCAACUUUUGUAAAAAAUCAUUCUCGCACAGAGGAGCUGUAGCUUGGGAUGAUUUAUUACCAAACAUACAAAAUUUGGGUUCAUUCAUUUGUCAAUUUUCAAAAGGGCUCUAGUGACAAAUAGCGGUAAUAAUUCUUGAUAAUCAUAUCUUUUUUUUUCUCUUCGACCACGAAGGUAACGAGCAUGUUCGUAACCAAUCAAUCAAUCAAUCAAACUUUAUUUAUCCACUGACAGUACUAUUUCACAAAGACAAAAACUAAAAUAUUUACAAGAUGUGAUCUUCCAAUGUGCCGUGCUAUGUAUGAUUGGUUACAUGCAAUCUGAUUACAUGUAAUCAAUCAUACAUAGUUUUAUAAUUAUAAAAAGAACUUACAUGUAAUUAAAGUGCCUAUGCCACGAAAUUUCACCCCAAAGCUUUAUGGUUGCAUUGUAAAGAUCAUUUAAAAUGACUUACUAAUUUCUUUUAUAGAAUUUUGGUAACUUGCUCCCUUUUCAAUAUGUUCAACUUUGAUGUUUGUGAUGUUACUCUGAGUGUAUAUCCACACCGGGCGAGCUUGAAAAAUAUGAUCGCCCGGUGUGGAUAUACACUCAGAGUAACAUCACAAACAUCAUAUUCACCUGAGUACACAACACCAACACAGAAAAAAUCAUAUUCAACUUUGUUUCAUAUGCAAAUAUCACCGGUGUCACAUCACAUCACAUAAUGAGUUUUCAGAAAAGUACAGUUUUCUUGACGAAUACGUAUCUAAAAAACUUAAAAAUUGCCCUUGUAUAUGUAUUAAUUUCAUAACUGCUAAUUAACCCUCUGUAUUUGUUUGUAAAAAUGUUUUAUCAAGGUAAAAUAUUGCGUUUUCAAAAUGUAAUGCAUUAUGCGAUGUGAUGUCACACCGGUGAUGAAUAUCUUGCAAAAGAAGCAAGUUACCAAAAUUCUAUAAAAGAAAUUAUUAAGUCAUUUUAAGUGAUCUUUACAAUGCAAUCAUAAACAUUUGGGGUGAAAUUUCGUGUCAUAGGCACUUUAAGUUAGUACAAUAAGAUAAAGACUUUCGGCGGUGGAAGUUGGUUAUGAUAAGUCUGGUGACAUCGUGCUUCUGCGGGAGGAUAAUUGGAUGUCGCGUAGAGUAUGGAACUGGAGCGUUGGACAGUCGACCACCAGCCCGGAGUAAACCAUUCUCAUCGAGGAACGGCGUCAAGGUCAAGAUUCGACUUUGUCGAAGGAUGGGUGUUUUCGUCUUCAGCCCACGAAGUUCAAGAGAAAAGUGUUCGAUUUUGGCUCUCGUUAUCCACAUAUCUCUGGCUUCGUUGUAUUCUGCGACGGUGAUCAAUCCCAACUGCCGCUCUCGCUGCGGUUUUCCACAGUUCCUGAUAAAUCGGAAGAUCCAGCUUGUCUUGCGUAUCAGCUUGUCUCAGGAGGAGAAAUGAGCGGGGUCGAGGGAAACGUGCGGAGCUUGGUGAACCAGUCCACUCUGGGUUUACUACAUCUGACACGUCGUUGUUCGUUUGCCAUUCCGUCGGCCAGAAAAGGCCAGCCCGUUCAACUAUCGGCACUCAGCUGCGUGCAGACCACUGCUGCCUAAUCGUCAGCUACGUUGAGACGGCCGGGAACAUGCCGCCAUUGCAGUGGAUCGGUAGAAUCCUGGAUCUCGGAUAUGCGAUUGGCGAUGAAUGUUGGAUGACUACGACUUGAAUCCAUUGAAGGACUGUGGUCCGCAGGUGGCAGGAUUCAAAGUCGUACGUAUGCUCUCUCUUAACUGUCUCCAACAGGCGAACACACAUCACGGCAGCAUGUAGUUCGAGCUUCGGAAUGCUCAGUUGUUGGAGGGGUGCAACUCUGGUUUCCCCCAUCACGAAGUGACACUGGAUAGUCCAUCUUGAUACACAGGAACCUGGAGUAGGCCACUGCGCAGAAGGCCUCGACCGAGGCGUCACCGAAGACGUGGACUUGAAAUGUGGUCAGGCUGCUGUGCAUCGCUCGAUAGAAUCUCGGGUGUUUGAACGCAGCCAAAUCUGGUAAUUCGUCUUACCAUUCUCUAUACGGGGCUAGUUCGUCCUGACUGAUUUCCUCAUCCCAACCUCUUUUGGCGCAUCAUAGACUUUGGAGGAAUAUUUACGGCCUGAGGAUGUAUGGCGCGAUCAUUCCAAGGGGAUCGUAGAUGGUGGCGAUUGGACUCAGAACCUGUCUCUGCGUGGUCGCUGACUUUCGAUUUGGGUUCUUGAAAACGAAGUAUCCAAUUCUGUGUUCCAGGCUACUCCGAGUGCACGUUUGCCGGGGACUUCGUCGUUAAGGUUGAGUCCUUUUAAAGAAGGAGAGGGUUCACUUUCUGGUAUAAGGGCCAGCACGUCGCGUGAGUUGCCGCACCAUGUCGUUCGGCGGAAGCCGCCCCUUGCAAGCAACUCGGUAAGGUUCUCGUGGGUCUGUACUUCCGUGUUCUCGUCCUCUUCGAACUUGAAGAGAUCGUCCAUGUGGAAGUUCUUCUGGACCGUUCCUGCAGCUUCAGAAAUCCUUUGCUGUUUGGCGCAAUACAGGAGGCUUCGGUGGCGAAGUGGUUAGCGCACUUGCCUUUCACCUCUAAGGUCGUAGGUCCAAAUCUCAGUGAGAACUUUCUCAAUGCGACUUGAACCCAGUCCCCGUGUGAAAAGAGUAAAAGUCAACGCUCUGCCGAAAGUCGUGGGUUUUCUCCGGGUACUCCGAUUCCCUCCCACAGGGAAAAGCUGACAGGGUGGGUUAGGUAAAAGGGCCCGCAGAAAUAUGUGACGACGAAACUGAUAGACAUCUGGCUGCGAACUACGGUCUUCUCCUCUGAAGGGGGAAGCGACAUUGAAGACUCUUCGUACUUUGCCUUGUUUGUUUGGGGUUAAGGACGUGGGUGGUGAGGGAGGAACCACUGAUGUUUGACGGGAGCAGCUGCUUCCGGUGUAAGUUUCUUCGCAUAGCCUUUCUGUAAGUCAUUAUCAAUUGUUCCUUGAUAAGCGAAAGCGAGGUCUUUAUCUUUGUCCAGUGUUUUUUCCAGAGAGAGCAGCUGUUUCUCGGCCAGAAGAGUUUGUAAGUUUUACAUAACAUACACACAUACAUACGGUUGUUGGACAACGUUGCGUUCACUUCCUUCCACAGUAGACCCGAUUGAUAACGGUUAUCUACCUUCUUUGUUGUUGACUCAAUGAUUUCCAAGACUCGUUUGUCCUCGACAUUUCUGGGCAAUUCCUUGGCGUAUCUGCAGCCAAACGACUCCGUUUUCCACCUGGAGUCGAAGGUCUCGUCAGGCGUUGUCACGCGAACCUUCAUUGUAUGGUCUGGCCCUUCUAGUUUGUGGUCAGGUAAGUGCAAUGUCGCUGUCCAACCGAGAGCUGUCCGUACUGCUCGAGGAGCGCUUUUAGGACCGGUGCCUACCUCCAAAGGGACGAUAAGGUCGAACACGUCAGCUCCAAGGAGAACUGUGACACGAUUCCCAUCGAUGGGUGGCAGGGGAAGAUCAGCGAGAUGUGGCCAUCUUGUCUUUUCUUUAGGCAUUCAACUUUCAUCUUCGGUAAGUUGAUUCUCUCGACGAUUCUCGCUUGGUCAACUGCCCAUCGUUCGUUGGGAUUCUACGAGGAGCUAACGUCAUUUUCUCCGUGAGACCAUCCAAACCAAGUUCGUUAGCAAUAUCGUUUUGAAUUAGAGAACAAGUGCUCCCUAAAUCUAACAUUGCAUAAGUUCUCGCGGUCUUGGCCGGCCCGUGAAGCGUUACAGGGACAACUUGAAGGAGAACUUGCGAUUGGCGCUGCGAAUGCGAAGAUUUAACAUAUUGGUUGGCGUCUCCUUUUCCGAAGACUUGUUUUGUUAGGUGGACUAGUUCAUGAUGCUUUUCCUGGCAGCCGUCGGCAGCACAAGAUUUCUGCGAUCGACACUCGCGUAUACGAUGACCACUUUUCAGGCAACGGGAGCAAAGAUUUUCUCUUUGACAGCUUCGGCUCGUUCGUCGGGAGUAAAUGCUGCGAACUUCGGGCAUGAAGAUAUUGGAUGAUUGCCAUCUUCAAACAGGCAAGGCGUUGCUGGCUGUUCACCUUCGUGGGUGGCGUACGAGUUGGCAGGGGGUCGUCUCUUCUCCGUCGUUGUCUAUCCCCUCUGACUUUGCCAGCAGCGAACAGUGAUUUCAGCUUCGUGGGCUAUACUGUAGUUCGUAGGCUUCGGAUUGUUCCUGCAACCAAUCUCCGAGGGUAAUCAGCGUGGGGCGUACGAUCUUAUUUCGUAAUGUUCGUUCUAUUUCAAAAUCAUGGGUGACGGUAGUUUCUCAAUGUCCUACUUGACGUUGCUCGCAGCUUUCAAGUCAUCUAGGUAGCCCAGUCCUGGAAUGUCCAAACAAUAUUGUUAAUUACGGUGGAGAAUGCCGUAACACUACCAGCGUCGUCCUCUGCAACUGUGGCCACCUUCAAACGUUUGUCCAGAUGGGCUUGGAUGACGAUAUGAGGUUUUCCAAAGCGGUUUUCCAAACACUUUAACGCUUGGUGGUAAAGGUUCCCGUUGUAGCGAAAGCCGGCAAUUACGGAUUUCGCCUUUCCAACAACGUUCUGUUGAAGGUGGGUCAUUUUUUCGGAAGGUGACAUCUCCGACCGGUGAAUGACUGCUUCGAACAUACCGAGCCAAUCUGUCCACUUUAGAGAGUCACUGGCGAACUUCGUAAGCGUAAGGUUUGGUAUAGAUUUAUGGUAUGAUGGAUGAGUUAGGAAUGUUUAGACGAGGGUACAUAUAUACUCAGAGCAUUCAUAACUUAUUUAGUCGUCAGUCACAUCUAGCAGAAGAAGACGGGCCUUUAGUCUUCCUUGGUAAGUGCAGUAGAGCUUUAAUGGACAGUAACAACCCACUCACAUUUGAAGAAGCCUGGGUGUCAUAAAAAGUUCUUGAAAUAAUAAUGGGCUAUUUAUAGAUUAAUUGAACAAUAUCUAAUGACACUACAGGACCGGUUGCGAGUAAGGGUACCUCCACUCACUACACGGCAAAAAACGCCGAGCCCGCUGCUCAACAGGAUUGUACAAUGUUUUGCUGCCCACGUUGUUCACACUUGUCAACAACAUUGAACAAUAUUGUUGAGCCUGAAUCGGGUGUAACAAUAUUGUUCAAUAUUGUUGACAACUAUGAACAAUGUGGGCAGCAAAGCAUUGUUCAAUCCUGUUUUCAUCAGUAUUGCAACAACCUGAUCGUUUUUUGCCGUAUAGUAGCAAAUACUCGCAAGUGGAACGAACACUCGUUUCGUUGAAGGGGCGAGUCAUUCCCGCAAUUCUCACGCUGCCAACGUAUUCGCCCCCUAAUUUCCCACGUCCGCCCGGAGUUAGUUCUUAGCCCCACGGUUUCGUAUUGUGGUCCUUUAUAUAUAUAUUUUUUGUUUAGGUUGGCUCCUUAGUUGUUGGCCAACAUGGUAUAUUUUCCACACCAGCGGUAUCUUGUACUAUCAGAAAAAGAUCUGCUAAAGGUGAGCUGUGUCUCAAACAGUUGUCAAUCAAUGAUCCAAAACUUUUGUUACAGUUACGUUUUUGGCAGUAAAAGAACAAAUGAAUGUGCACUGUAGAGUUUUUAGACUGCUUGCAGAGCAACCAACUGCAUAAAUAUGAUAUUAUACGUUAGACACCAAAAUUAAUAUAGUUAUACGUACUGAAUCAUGCAAGCUUGCGCGUCAUAACCUCUAACAUCUAACCAAUAUAUGUAAAGACGUUACUUAGAGGAGAUCGCUUAAGUAAAAUGCGUAGUCAUGUGGCACUCGUAUAACUGAUUUUUAAUUUUGUUUGCUACUUUAGCGGGAAUUGUUCUGUCAGCUAGUCAUAAUCCUGGAGGACCAAGUGGGGAUUUUGGUAUUAAAUUCAACACUUCAAAUGGAGGUGCCAAACUAUUUAAGUUAUGGAAAGUAACUUUAAAUUAUUAUAUGCUCUUCUAAAAUCGCACGCACCCCAAUGCGCAACAUACUGUAAAAGCUUUCUAAAUUUUGUUAAACGAUAAACCCAAUCGUGAUUAACAUAUUGUGUUCUAAUAAUUAUACUGAAUAAAUGAAUUUAGUAAUUAUUAUCCCUUUACGUUGCUCUCUCAUGUUCCCUACUUUGUUAUUUUACUCUCUUUAACCCCCGAUUUCACUCGUCAAGUGGAAAGUACUGGAACUCAAUGGGUUAAUCAGACCGUCUUUCCAUUCGUUUGCCAUGGCAUUGCGCCUCAAUUUGUUUCUUACUCCCUCUAAAGGCUCGUUUACACUUGCAAUUUUCGAUGCGAUUUCUAGUGCGAUUUUCGUCUUCUGAUGCAUGUGAACGAGUGGAGGAGUUAUGAAUGAUACAAGUAUCUAUACUCUCAUCUGAACAUUCAUAACUUAUCUACUCGUUCACAUCCAUUAGAAGCUGACUCGUCCCCAGUCGUCUCUGUGUUUCAAGCGCGGGCGGAAGAAAAGGUAGCAAGGGUUAGCAAGGGCAUGCAGGCGAUGAGCACACGCGCUAGGAGCGCUGGGAAGGGGGAAAGGCCGCCUGCUUCCGCCCGCGCUUAAAAAACCUUGCGCAUACCUUUUCUUCCGCCCGCGCUUGAAACACAGAGACGACUGGGGACGAGUCAGCAUUAGAAGAAGAAAAUCGCACUAGAAAUCGCAGCGAAAAUUGCAAGUGUAAAUGGGCCUUAAAGGUCCGUUUACACUUGCAAUUUUGAUGCGAUUUUUAGUGCGACUUCCUUCCUGAUGGAUGUGAACGAGUAGAUGAGCUACAAAUGUUCGAAGUACAUGCAUGUACCCUCAUCUGAACAUUUAUAACUUAUCCACUCGUUCACAUCCAUCAGAAGACGAAAAUCGCACGUAAAAUUGCAGCAAAAAUUGCAGUGUAAGCAAGAGAAAGUGCUAGCGCUCGUGGGUUAUAUUAAUUGAACUCAGUUACAUGCAGUAGCUCCGAUGCAUCUAAUGUCCUUUAAAACUGUUAGAUGUUGACUGUUGUGAUUUACAUGUCGUGUACAUGUACAAAUGUACAAUUCGUUCGAUGAGAAUGCCUGCAAUGCCAUCACUUUUCAUUGAAUGAACAAAAAAUAGUAACAAUCAGUUACUUUUUAUCUAGCGCCAGCUCCAGAAUCAAUUACAAAUCAUAUUUUUCAACUGUCAAAAGAAAUAUCGUCGUACAAAAUUUGUGAAGGAAUAACAUUGGAUCUUUCAUCAAUUGGCAAGCAACAAUGGACAGUUGAAAAUAGAAAGCCCUUUUUCGUGGAAGUGGUGGAUUCUGUGCAAGAUUAUUUGGAAUUAAUGAAAGAAGUAUUUGAUUUUGUCAAACUGAAGCAAUUACUGUCUGCUGACAAUGCACCAAAGCUUCUUUUAAAUGCUAUGCAUGGAGGUAGGUUCUGUGUAGACUGCUGUAAUUUGCUACAAAUACUGCGUCUGCAUGAUGUAAAAUAAUAAUGCAAUAAAGGAAGAAUAUUUUAUGUAAUAUUUUAAAUCUUGCUUUUCUAUUAUGAAUGUAUAUCUUUCCUUUAAAUGAUACUAUUUUUUAUUCACUACUUAGGUAAGAGGUAUCAGCAAAAAUUCUUUGUUGAUCUCAAGGCAACUAGCUAUGAGAUAACGUGACUAUGAUUGUAUAUAUAUGCGUUGCCAUAGAAUCCCGAAAGUAUCCCGCCCCCUCCCCUCUUGCUUUCUGUUUUAUCCGCUAUUAGGGCCGAGUACUUACAGGAGGCGUUACUUUACAUGUAAUUUAUUCUUUUUUGUCCCUCCCUAAGUAGGAAAAUCAAUUUUCAAUACAUUCUAUUUAAUACGUAUACCAAACAAUUAAAUACCACCAUACAUGUUGUGCAUAUAACAUGCAACACCUGGUCAUAUAUAUGCACUGAAACAUGCUUGUACUUUGUUACGAAGGCCCGCAACUUACGCGGGAGCACUACUUUUGGAAAUUUUUUAAACAUUUGAAAUUUUCCACUAUUUUGGGGAUUGCUACUUUUGGAGGGGCCGCCACAUGGGAUUUUCUAGUAAUUACUGAAUGCCUUUGAAGGCAACUAGAAUAAUUCGAAGUAUACACGGAAUUUAAUGAGCAACUAUAAUUUUUUUAAGCUCUGAAGUUAAAAACGAAGCAAUUGAGGUAAAAAUACCCAAACUUAAUGCUCUGUUUUUCUUUAGUAACUGGCCCGUAUAUUAAAAGAAUUUUUGUAGAAGAACUGGGUGCACCAGUGACGUCACUCAUUAACUAUAUUCCUAAAGAAGACUUCGGAGGUGAGAUGUUCUGUUUGCAUGUACAUACCCUAAUAACAAUAGGGCAUUUAUUGUACAAUACAUAGAGCAUGUUAAACGUUGGGGACAAGAUAUUGAUAUUGAUUUCAAUUUUCUAUUUUAACGUAUUAUGUUAAUUAGGCGUUCUUGUAGUUGUUGGAUCAUAGAGCCUGCCGCACACGAGAAAAACUGUGGCGGCUAACUCAGCUAUGAUAUAUAUAUAUAUAUAUAUAUAUAUAUAUAUAUAUAUAUAUAUAUAUAUAUAUAUAUAUAUAUAUAUAUAUAUAUAUAUAUAUAUAUAUAAAAACUGUGGCGGCUAACUCAGCUAUGCUUAUAUCACCGCACACGUUGGGAAAACUACUCAACAGCAACGUCGUUGAUAAGAUCGUUUGCAUUCCCCUCCAUUGUCACCAUUUUGAUCAAUGUCACGUGAAGAAACUAUGGGUUCUCAUUGACUAGUUAAUUCAAGCAACUCAGCACGAAGCUCGUAUAACAUCCGCAGACUUUGAUAUUUUUUCCUCGCGAGGUGAAAAAUAUCGAACACAUAGAUAUUUUCCUUGAGUCCUCGAGAGGUUAAAUCCUCAUGAAAACUAUCCACACACGAGAGAAAUAUGCUGAACUAGCCGCCACACGAGGCGGUUAGCUCAGCAACUUUCUCUCGUGUGUUGCAGGUUUAAAUAGAUUCAGGAUCCUAAACUGCAGUUAAAUAAGUAUCGUUGUAUCAAUAAAUUAGUAUCUCCUUGUUACCAGGUCACCAUCCUGAUCCAAACUUAACUUAUGCCGCUGACUUGGUGGAAAUACUCGAGAGAGGGGAACACGAUCUUGGUGCGGCAUUCGAUGGAGAUGGGG